AUGGGGAAUUGCAUGGAGAGGUGGAUGCAAAGAGAAGGAGAAGAAGUAAAGAUAGAGGUUAGAGAAAAGGCAAAAGAGUCAUUCAAACUUGAUGGUGAUGAUGGUGGUGAAGAAGGUGAUGGUCAUGGAGGAAUGAAGGUGAAGAUAGUGCUUACAAGACAUGAAUUGGAUAUGUUUUUGCUUCAGAUGAAUAGGAAUCACGAUGGAGACUUGAUGAUGGCCAAGGAUGUUAUGGUAGAGCUAGAGAAGAGGAUCAUCAAAACAUCAUCAUCGUUAUCAUCAUCCCCUUCAUCGAUGGCAUGGGAACCUUCUUUAGAGAGCAUCAUGGAGUGCCCUGAAGUCCAAGAGAUGGAUAGAUGA